AUGACCAGCUCUUCUACAGAAGAUGCCAGCUCAGGAGAAUCCGUCGCAUAUGAGGCCAUCAUCGUUGCUGCGGAUUUUGGCACCACUUUCUCUGGUGUAGCUUGGGCUCAAGCCAGCAAUCCAGAUUCACACUACAUUAUCAAUCAAUGGCCACAUGACGAUUCUGGCUCAUGCUAUGGACCGAGCAGCGAAAAGGUCCCGAGCGAGGUCGCAUACGAAUACAAUAAGACGGGGCCCAAAUGCCGCUGGGGAUUUCAGAUUCCCCAUAUAAUGCCGCGAAUUCAGUGGAUUAAGCUUGGACUCGCCCCCAAUGAGAAACUUGGGAUUGGUUCGCGGCUGUCUGCAAGUUAUAGUGAUUGUCGCCGUGCUCCUGUCCCACACCACACAUCAUGCGAGGAGGUCAUGUUGGAGAAUAGAAUAGGCAGUUCAUUCAACAGCAAAACUUUGGAGUAUGUCAUUACCGUGCCAGCAAUCUGGCCGGAGAAGGCAAAGAUGGCAACACUCUCCUGUGCGAAGAAGGCAGGCUGUUGCGAAACAUCCAAAAUGCGUAUCGUUUCUGAGCCUGAAGCUGCUGCAAUACACACUUUACGUGCAAAGAGCCCCCAUGGGCUGAAAGUUGGUGAUACUAUUGUAGUCUGUGACGCAGGUGGUGGGACGGUCGAUCUGAUAACAUUUUCGAUUGGUCGGCUCGUACCCAAUCUGCAUCUAAAGGAAGAGGUACCAGGGAAUGGGGCACUGUGUGGAGGCAGUUUCCUUAACAGACGUUUUGAAGAGUUUCUUACUGGACGUCUCUCCAACGUCCCAGGCUGGGAUCGAGAUACACUAGAUGAGGCAAUGCAGCGAUUCGAGACCGUGGCAAAGAGGAGCUUCAGUGGCAAUGCAGACGAUGAUAUCAUGUUUCCAGUCCCUGGGAUAGCGGACAAUGAGCAACUCGGAGUUCGUAGGGGUCGACUCCGAGUUAGUGGAUGCGAAAUGAAGGAAUUAUUUCAACCUGUCCUGGAAGAGGUUCAUGAUCUCGUGCAAAGGCAGAUCCAAUCCGUUUAUCUUCGACAAUAUCUUGAAAAGUCAGUUUUUCCUCGAAUCGAAGUCCUUGCACCUGUUGAUGGAUGGACUGCUGUUGUCAGGGGUGCUUUGGCCAAGACUAUUGGCGAUGUCUCGGACACAGCUAUCAAGGCUUCCGUUGACUCUCGCAAAGCUAGGGAAAAUUAUGGGCUUAUAGACUCAACCAAGUUCAUCAGCGAAGUGCAUGAUGAGAAAAAGAAGUAUUGGGAUUACUUUGAAGGGGAGUAUCACAUUGACGUUAUGAAUUGGCUUAUUCGCAAGGGCGACGAUAUCAAAGAAGCAGAGGCCAUUAAGACCGAGUGGCGUCGCCAUCAACUCGUUAAGAGGGGCGCAUUCGAUUCAAUCCACGUCACCCUCUAUAAGUUAGAUACUCCUAUGGGCGAGAAGCCGCCUUUGUACUUCAAUCGCCAUUCAAGAUAUCGGCUUCCAGAAUGUCGUGGCGCUGAUGGAAAACUCUACUACAUAAUUGAUUAUGCGAUUCAUGCGUCCUAUUAUUCCGCACACUGUGAGUACGAGCUCUGGUAUGAGGGUCGUAACCACGGGAGUGUCAAGGCCGACUACGUGUGA